GAGGCAGGGUGAAGACGUGGAAACGACGUUGGUUCAUCUUGACCGACAACUGCCUUUACUACUUCGAGUACACGACGGAUAAAGAGCCUCGUGGCAUCAUCCCCCUGGAGAACCUGAGCAUCCGCGAGGUGGAGGACUCAAAGAAGCCUAACUGCUUUGAGCUCUACAUCCCUGACAACAAGGACCAGGUGAUCAAGGCCUGCAAGACAGAGGCGGAUGGACGGGUGGUGGAGGGGAACCACACCGUGUACCGCAUCUCAGCCCCCACGCCCGAGGAGAAGGAGGAGUGGAUCAAGUGCAUCAAGGCAGCCAUCAGCCGGGACCCUUUCUACGAGAUGCUGGCCGCCAGGAAGAAGAAGGUGUCCUCCACCAAGAGACACUAG